AACCUAAAUCUCUCCGCCUAGAAGGAAACGUCUCAGUUAACUAGCUCUCCUCUCUGAGUCUCUCUCCGGCGACGAUUUUGCUUGAACUCCAUUUUAUUUUAUUCAGUUAAAUUGUUGUUCGGAACAAUAUAAGAGAAGGGUUUAUUGAUCUCAUACAAAAAGUUUUCUUUUUUUGUAAUGGAGCCUGUAACUUUAGUGGUUGAUAAACUAAAGGGUUUUGCAAAAUCAAGUGAAGAUUUCUUGACGGGCAUCCGCCAUUGGAAUGACAAGCCUAAAAGUCGCAAUCCGAUUGAAAUCUUGAAACGUUUGCAGAGAGAAGCAUUUUCGGACCUUAUGAAACUGAGAGAUAGACAGGAUAAAGUUGAACGGGUGCUUUCUUUUUAUAAAGCUACGAAGGGCCAAGAAGUCAACACUCGUGUAAGAGGAGAGGUAGAUGUAGUGGGGUCGUUACUAUUUUUGGAAAAUGCAGAUCAACAAACCUGUGAUUCACUUGAUAAAGCAGGAAUGCAGACAGGAGUUGGUUCUAGGUUCACUUUUGAAACAAUCGUCAGGGAAAAGGAUGCACUUAUGGUAGAGUUCACGGCAACUCAGAAUGGCUAUAGUGGUGAUGUUGUUGGGAGCCCACUUUCACUUUCAAAAGUCAUGUAUUCAGCGAAUGUUAGUGAUUGGUUAUCGGCAGUUGUAAUUCCAGUGGGAGCGCAGUGCAAAGAUAUUGCAUCUGCUUCAAAUGUAUUGCAGCAGGAACGGAGCCUGACAGACUAUUCUUUCUUCGGGUCACCAAAUAUGAGUCAACUUCAUAAUGUAGGCGCUGGGGCUGGUGCUGGUGCUGGUGCUAUUGUGAAGAGUUCAAACAUAACUGCCACACUGGCUGGGAUCAUUUCUAGUGGGAUGCAGCAGGAGCAGCUAAAUUCUGUGGGUAUUAAGCGUUGCUUCAGUACUUUGGGGCAGAUUUUGUGUCAAAUAUCGAAGGGAACAAAGCUCACUCUAAUUGGUGUUCACAAUAAACUUAUCAGACCAAGUCAACAACAAGAUAUUCAGCUUAAUAGAUUUACGGUUCCAUUUGGUAGUUUGAGAAAAAUGAACGUGGGCCCCACUUAUGCCUCAACUUCAUCUCCUUUGGCUGACAACUUGACAAGGAAGGCUAAUGCAGAAGAAGAGCUAGAGGGGAAUAAUUCAGGUGGUGGAUCAAUUGCAGUCAUGGUAGACUCGGAACUUGAUGAGAACACAAGAAUUGGAAGUUGGUUUGAGAUGCAGAACUCAACUCCAGCGCAUAUGAGAUGGGGUUUUACAAUGUUUGAUAACCUUGAAGCAGAAGAAGGUGAAUCAUCAGUAGGAUGGGGACUGGGUGUCGGCGGAAGUGGAAACAUCGGAUCCAAAAAAAGUCAAGGAGGAGACUUGUCCUCUGCAUGGGAUCAUCAUUUUCAGGUGGAAGCUUUCUUGAAGAUGAAUAUGGCUAUUGGGGGUAAUAAGAAAUUCAGCUUGCAGCCUGGUCUUGUUUAUGUGAUGGAUGGAACGACUCGUCUUCCUGCCUUGAUGCUACGGUCGAAUUGGUCGCUGUGAAUAUGAAUAUUGAUGGACUCCGCAGAUCCAUUAUACUGCUAGUAGUACUGUUCUUAUUAAAACUGCUUUGUAAAGUCAGAAAAAUAAUACUAGUAAUAGAUGGAAGAGUGCUUUUAGAUUCCCUUACCAAUGCUAUCAAGUUUCUCUGUAGAAA